GGGGGGGGAGGUUUGCUGAGCUACUGGCACCGAGGCCCAGCCUCUCCUCUCCUCUGGUCCCUCUCCUUCCUAUGCUCCUCGCCCUUCUUUCCUUCCUCCGACGGCCCCCAGCGCUCUGGUGGCAGAGGCCUUGCCCACGCCCAGGCCUCACCUCAACUGCCCACGGGCCAAGCCUUGCCCUGCCCUGCCGGGGACCCCAGCCUCCAAACAGCCCGGGAGAAGGCUCCCGAGAUGCCGAUGCACUUCAUCUUCUCGGAUCAGGUGGUGCUCUUAUUUGACUUCUGGAAUGUCCACAGUCCUGCAGGGCUGGUGCUCUCGGUGCUGGUUGUUCUGCUCUUAGCAGUGCUGUAUGAAAGCAUCAAAGUCAGCAAGGCCAAACUGCUCCAUCGAGCCCUGCUCAGCUUCCCCAGAAAACUCAGCCAGCAGCUGAUAGAGGACUCGGACGGAGAGUCCGUCGCCUCAGACCUGGCUCAGAGCCACGCCACAAGCAGGUGGUUUCUGUGUCACUUUGGCCAGUCACUGCUCCACAUCGUCCAGGUGGUCAUCGGCUACUUCGUGAUGCUGGCUGUGAUGUCCUACAACACCUGGAUCUUCCUGGGAGUGAUCCUGGGCUCCACACUGGGCUACUUUGUGGCCUACCCCCUCCUCAGAGAGAGGUAGAGGGCCUGGGGUCUCCAAAGAAGUGGCAGAUGUCUCAAGCUCAGGAGCCCCGGCCCUCUUCCCCAACAGCUCACCGCUGUGCUUGGACCUGCCCCACGUCUGCCCGCUUCUAGCAUUGUUGCCGUGGAGGUGUGGCCAUCCUUCCCCUACACCUCCUGCCCUCGCCCGCCCAUCCACCAACCUCGGAGAAGCCCGUUGGACUGGAGCUGGCCCCCCUUAUCAGCCGCCACUCCCAGGUUGAGAGAUGCAGUGACUCAGAGAGGGGGGCAGGCCCCCGUGGAUGCGCUUCCCUCCACCUACCCUCCCUCUCUCUCCCCAUGAGGCAGGGUUUGAAGUUCUCCCAGCCAUUGCCCAAGGUCUGGUGGAAAGCUCGUGAGGCGUGCCCUCUCCACUGGGUUUUUAGCAACAGUCGGGCAGGAGAUGGGAUUCUGGCCCAACUCUGCCCUCUGCCACUGUGCCUUACCCUACAGGUCUGUUCUGCAAGGGAUACACCCCCAAGGUUGGUGAGGAUGGGGAGCUGACCAGCUCCUCCCACUGCUCUCACUUCUGCCUUUGGGCCUUCAGGGAGCCAGCUGUAUGCUGGGUUUGGGAUAAAACAAGACUGACUCUUCUAUACCAAAGGUGGAGCGUGUCUGGAAUCCGAAAAGCUUCUAAGUCUGUUGCUGGUGUGCGAGUGGAUCUGUAUUUUGGUACCUGACAAGUUUUCUGUAUUAAAAAUGACAAGACUUUUAACGGAAAA